CAGUCUAUUACAUUAACAGUACGUUCCCUUUAGUAAGAAGUUGACAAUUUGACGAAGUCGAACUGUUGGCAAUUUAUUUUUUACUGUUCAAAUUUUUUAUGAUUUAGGAUCUACAAAAAUGCUUUAUCAACAACUGUAAUACGUCAAUAAAAGCAAAGGAUAAAUUUAUAUAAAGAUGGACGAGCCUAUGGAAUCUUCUUUCGAUCCUGGAAUAGAUGGAACCCAGAACCAAGGGCCGCAACAGUUGACAACAAAUAACACUGAAUGUAUGACAUUAUCUAGUGCUACUAAUAUUUCUGUUACAAGAUCAGAUUGUUCCAGUAUACAUGGUCAUCCUGCGGCUGAUUAUGAUGAUGCUAAUGUGAACAAACCUCAUUUUACACCAUUACUACGCCCAGGGAGCAUGGUCAUGAUGACACUCACUGAAGAAGAUUAUGAGAUGCAAUACUGGCCAAAGCUUAAAACAGCCAUAGAUCAGCUGUUAAAUAUAAUACCUGGUGCCUACAUACCCAUUUCAUAUGAACAAAUGUAUAGCUGUGUUUAUAAAUGUGUAUGCAAGCAGUUUUCUGAAAGACUAUACAACGAUCUGCUAACUCAUCUGUCACUUCACAUGGAAAAACUGAAUAAAGAAUUGAAAAGUCAUGAGGGUCAAACCAUUCCUUAUAUAGAAUCAUUUUCAUUUUUAAUGCACCAGUAUCUCCAAGCUCUUUCAGGAAUUGUUCCCAUUUUCAACUACAUGAAUCGUUUCUAUGUAGAGAACAAAUUGAAAACUGAUUUAAAUGAAGAGUUACGCAAACUUUUUUGCACAAAAGUGGUUGAUAUUCAUAUUACUAACUUGAUUAAAUUGUUGGAUGAAGCUAGCUCUGUACCAUUUGCAAUUUCUCCACCGACAAUGGCAAGUGUAAUGAAGAACCUGUAUGCUUUAAAUGAAGAAUAUUCCAAACUAAACCCAAAUCUGUUUUCGAGGUACCUUCCUAACAUUCUUCCUCCCACUGACCCAGCCUUGCUGGAGCAAUAUGCUCAAGAAGCGCGUCGAGUUCAGGAACACAUAAACAGUAUGGAGUUUAAAAGUCAUAAUACAAAUAAGAAGCGUGUGUAUGAGGAUGAUAUUUCUGUGAAUUGACUUUCAUUGAAUCAGGGAACAUGCAUUUCUGUGAUAUAGAGUGUCAGACAAGAUUUACCAGAAUACAUCCCUAUUCUACAGUGAAAAAGAGACUUAGCUGAAGUGAGGAGAUAAAUAUUUGGGUGAGCUAGUGAAAUGUUGGUGUUUCUGAAAAUGUCAAGUUGUGCCAUGUAUAGUGAGGUUAAGUGAUGAAGUUAAUUUUUCCCUCUUUAAAAAAAAUGAAUGAACCAUUUAAAUUUUUCAUUAUUUAGUAUAUUUUCAAUGUCAAGUCUUUAUGUCCCAAAAGAAUAAAUGCUAUGUGUUAUGUGUCUUGUACAAAAUAUGUGCUGAAUUCAUUUUUUGGCAGAUUUUUAACAUAAUGUGCGUUACAUUCUGUUGACCAUUGACAGUUUUAAUAACUUAAAAAACAAAAAAUACUGUAGUAUUUUUUAUAUUAAGAGUGGUUAAAAAUUGCGAGUACUGUUUGAUUUUUGCAUGUGGAUAAAUCAGUAUUGAAAAGUCUAUUCUGACGACUUUGUGUGUUAUGCAUUCUUACACAUAUAUUUAUUAAAACAAAUUUAGUCAGCCUAAAUAUCCUGCUUUUUGUGAAAUCUCUACUAUUAUAUUAUUAUUAUACAUAGUGAGAUGAUUGAUUUUAAAGAUAUCUGUCUCUAUCAUGAAUAAAUAUAUCACUUAUCAUUUACUUCUCCAAGACUAAAAUCUGAAUUUAAAUAAAUUCUAGCACUAUUACAAAGAAAAUACCUGAACCAAAAUAAUGACAAAUAACUGUCAUAAAAUGUUAAAGUAAUACAAAAUGUUAUCUAUGUUUAAUUUAUUUAUUUGUCCAAACAUGAAAAGUUUAGUUGAUUUUUUUUUAAAUUUAUAUUUGUUAUUAUAUUUUUCAUUUAGAAAUUAAAUUUUAAAUUUUUUCUCCUCAUUAUUGACUCUGACUUAAAUUGCUGUCAGGUUGAAUUUGUGAUUUCCACCUAUCAGUGUCUUGUGUAUAUACAAUUUGAUAAAUGCUCAUAGCAAGCAUUCUUUUCCAUAUCAUUGUAUGUAUUUCUUCUCUAUUCAAUCAACAGUUUGUGAAGAAGCUUUGUUUUUUUUUAAUUAGGAGUUUGUUAGAAUUUAUUUUGAUAACCGUAAAUAAAUUAUGAUUCUUCUCAAACUGCGUUUUGUUUUAUUUUUAAACAUGAGUAGAUGUAUUUACAAAAAUAAUGUGAAGAUGUAAGAAAGAAAUCUAGGUGGUUUUAUUUUUUGGAUUUUUUUAUUACACAAGAUUUCCUUUGAUAUAUUAAACUAUUUAAGAACUACCCUUAAAUAUUUAGGCAAAAAAUAUUUAAGUUAUUAGUUUAAAAUUGUUUAUGUUGGGCAAUAAAAAUAGAAAAUGUUUUUUUUUUUUUUUUUAAAUUUAAGAGAAGCCAUGUUUGGUUAAAAACAAAAUUGUUUGACAGAUGUUACUUCGGGUUUUUUUUUUUAAGUUAAUGGUUUCUGCAUCUUAAAUGGUUUAAUAACAGAUGAAGCAAAGCUACACUUAAUUAUUGAAUUUGACGUAUGGUUUUAUAUUUUGCUGGAAGGUAAAUUACAUAUGAACACAUUUGUGUCCCGGGCAGUACCCCAUGUAUUCUAAAUUGAUUUUCUACUAUAUUUGUGAAAAUGCUAAGCAGAAAACAUAUCUUUUCAGUUGUAUUUAAGACCAUAAUAAAUACUACAUUUGCACAUUAUGUUAUAUCUAUUUGAAAACUGCCAUAUAUAUUUUAAAAUUUGUUUAAUCAGUGUUAGGGACUACUAGUAAAACUAAUUAAUUUAGUGUGUGAUAUUUUGUGAAUGCUGUGUACAUGUAAUUGAAACGGUGAUGAGUCAUCGUAAGUGUAAAUCUAAUGCAUUCUCACUUUAAAAUAAGCCUCUAGGAAAUAGCCCUUAAUAAUUGUAGACAUUACUUUCUGUUGUUAUGGAAACCACAGUUCUGUAAUAGUAUUACCUAGGUGUUAGUCAACAAUUUUUAUCUUUAAUAGCUGGUAAAAACUUUUGUUAUAUUGUGUUUUUAAAAUGCCAUUAUGAUAAUAUUCAGUCAAGUCCACCGACAAAAAAAAAAUCAGUGCACAUCAAAUAAUUAUAUUGUAAAGGAAAAAAAAGAGUGAUUUGUUUUUGUUAUAUAGUCAUUAUUUUUUUUUUUUACAACUUUUUAAAGAAUAAAAUGUAGUAAAACAGUUACGUUUUAAUAGGACUUGUACUACUAUAGUUGUCAGCUUGCAUUUUUUUAACCACUUUGAUUUUUAUAUAACUGCUGUAUGGUUUUUUCAUGUUUUUUAACUCAUUCUAACUAGAAUCUAGUAAGUGACAAAUAAAAUGCAUGUAGCUCUUAUUUUCUUCAUCCUGGCAAUUUUGAAAAUUAACAAUUUUGACUUUACUUAUUUUAUUUUCCUGUUUUCAGUUUGUGACUUCAUUUUUAGUUAAUCAGGCUAACUUAGGAUAAAGUAAUUUGUAAUUUAUGCUAUUCAACAGAUAGACAUUUUGGAUAGUUCUUAUUAAAAAAAAAUUAGAAAAUUGACAGAUGUAACAUGUUACCUCAAGCUGUAAAUAGAUUUUAUCAUUAUAGGGAAACAUUAUGUAUCUUGGAAAUAAAAAGAAAACAAAAAGAUUUUUUAUCAAGGACUGACUUUCAUGGACCACAAAUACUAUCAUAAAUUGCUGUCUAUGCAAUAAAGUUGAGUACUAUGCUUUAACUUUAAUGAUUAAAACUAUAAAACCUUCAAAGGCGAAUUUUUGUGAUUGAUAUAUCACUUCUCAGGGAAAUUAAACUAUUUGUGAUUAGAACAGUUGUGUAGUAAAUCCUGUUGUGCUUGAUAUCUAUUUUUUUCAUAAGCUAUACAAACAACUUUUAAAUUUCUAAUAACCAGAGGCAAAAAAAUAUGAGAACCUUACUCUUAACAUAGAUUUUUAAUUCAUUUUAACUAAAUAAAGACAACUUAUAUAAAAUAAUUUCAAGUAUUAUUUUAGUAUUUUCUAAAAAUUAUUGCUUUAAAUAUAAGCUGUUAUGUUCUUUUACACUUAUUUAUCCUGGCUUUUCAAUGCAGCUCAUCUUUUUUUUUUAUUUCCUGAUAAGUUAAAUGCUGGUUGUAUUAAAGUUUGGGGUGCAAUCUUAGGCAGCCAAAACAGUUUAAUUUUAUUUCCUGAAAAGUAAAAAGCCUAUUGAUCUAAAAUGUUUUAGGAAGCAGAAAUUAAAAUCGAAAUCAGUGAUUUGACAUUGCAAUUAAGAAAGAACUACUGUAUCACUACAUGUAAAUUUGACAUGAAUCUCUGUUACAUUAUCUGUGCAUGUUGUUACGAACUUUUGAAAUGUGCAUUUUUUUCUCUAGAUAAGAUGUAUGGAUUUUUAUAACUAUUAUUAGGGAUACACAUAGCUUUGUUUAGUAUGCUAUUGUUGGUUUUUUCUUUUUGCAUUUACGGAUCAAUCAUAUUUGUUUUAUUGAAAUACAUUUCACUCUAGCAUCUUCUAAAAAUGUUAUCAUAUUAUCACAUUAGAUAAAUGGAUGGAUACUUUGGGCAGACUAAUUUGGAUUACUAGUUGUAUUUUUUUUUUGCAAGGUUGAAUAUUAUUAAAAAAAAUCAGAACUUAAAUAAUUGUAUUUGGAGGCACCUCUAAACUCAGUAGCACUUUUUAAAUGUCAUCAUUAUCCCAUUGUUUAUCAUGUUCAUUUUACUUUCUACUUCUCAUUGUUUAAUAAUACUGUUUUCAUUGUUUAAUAAUACCGGUAAUGACCUUCUUUGUCUAUAAAAAUUCAUUUACUUUGAAUGUCUUUAAAUUUUUAUUAGACUUUAAAUAAUUAUGGUCAAAUUGAAAUGCAGGGGUAGUUAAGUUUUUGAAGUGUUGUACUUGGUAGCAACAGCUUCUUACAAUGUUAUACUACAACCUGCAAGUAGUUGGUUUUAAGAAAUAAACUUGUUUAACACAAUA